GGCUUUCUAAGUUUUUUUGUGUGACCUCAGGCAGCUUUAAGCCAAUGUCAUAUAUAUAAAUAUUUCAAGGAGGAUAUUGACUUACAAUUCAGAAAAUAAGAGAAAUAUUCAUCAUUCAUAUUUUGUAUUAGAGUGGCAAGACUGAUAAAUGCCUUGUGAUAAGUUUUGGGGUAUGGGACUAUGACGCAUUGUGAUUGGGAACGAUAAGAAAUAUUACAUUAACAUUUUUGGUACAUUCAGCCACUGAGCAUGAUGGGUAAAUCGAGACUCAAGUUACCGAAUGUCAAGCUUUUUUGCAGAAUAAAUGCACAAGGCUCAAGAAAUGUGUUAUUAAUUUCUGGAAGGCAUUGUACAUGAAGAGGUUGAGAACUUGCUGUCAUAAAUUCUAGAUUGGCACAUAUGUGAAGGCUCUGUAUGCCUAAGAUCAUAAAUGAAUUCAAAUUGAGAAUAUUGCUUCUGAUUUUUUGAAGUUAACAUAUAUUGACUACAUUAUGAAUAUAUCAUCAGAAAUUGAAAGUUUCAAGAGAGGCCGACUAAAGAAAACUGAAAGCAAAGUACGAACUUGUGAUGGCAGAGUGUUCAUAGAGCAACUCAAUCCUGGAACUGGUCACUACUCAGCUUCAAAAGUUGAACAAUUGGAAUAUGGUUGGGUGGGUGAUGUAAAACGGGAUUUACAGUUGGCAGAGGUGACUGAAAACCUGCUAUUGGGAUCUCAAGAUGUUGCUAGCGACCUGGAACUUUUGAAGCAAAAUAGAAUAACUCAUAUUUUAAACUUGGCUCCUGCGGUUGACAAUGUGUUCAGUGACGAUUUUAUAUAUCUCAAAAUACCUAUAUUGGAUAUACCAGAAACUGAUAUUAUCCCAUAUUUUGUAAAUACUAAUGAAUUCAUUUCCUCUGCACUGACUUCAAAUGGUAGAGUUUAUGUCCACUGCAAUGCAGGGGUUUCUAGAGCACCGACGGUUGUUGCAGCAUAUCUAAUUAAAACUAGAAGAAUUUCUGCCAAAGAUGCUUUGCUGAGAAUAAAAAAUGUCCGGCCUUCAAUAUCACCAAACAAAGGAUUUCUUCAACAUUUAAGUGACUAUGAGAAACAGUUUGUAAAAUCAGAGUAGGUUUACUAGUCAAUCCACCCUGAUACUACGCUAUAGAAAUUUUUUCACAUUUCAAUCAAUGUUUUUUUAGUUUUUCAACCAUACUCUAUGUAUUACCAGAAUUAUUGCUCCUGAGCUGAUUAUCCUUUGCACUUUCACAAACAAUCAGUCAUGAUAAUGAAUACAUGGAAAAUUUAGCAUCGCC